CCUCCUUUAUAUCCAAAUGACCUUGCCCAACAAGGCCAUAAUAAUCUCCCUCCAAACUCCCCUCGAUGGAUUCAAAUCACUAAACUUUGAGACUCGUCCUCUUGCCGCAUCCGAGCUACUUCCGGCUUUCUUCUUGCUCUUAAAGAUCUCCGGUCACUUUCCCGUAAAGGGUGGAUCUCCGACAUCAAAGCAACAGCUAACACAAGCUGAACCGGCUGACGAAGAGACGCAUCCAGAGGCGCUAACCCCCAAGGUUCGACUGUUCACAGAUACAGAAAUGCAAUCAAACCAGCCACCACCAGGUGGAUACCACCAUGGAGUACAGGCACCAUAUGGAUAUCCACAGUAUCCCCCAGGACCAGGUUUUCCAGGUGCUCCUGGACAGCCGCCUCCUGUUGUCCAGGGUUAUCCAGGAACUUAUAGUGGUCUUCCAGUUCAAGGUCAGCCUAAUGCAUCAGUUGGUGCAGUGUGGAUGCCAGCACCAGCUGUCCCUCUCAACUGCCCUCCUGGACUGGAAUAUUUAAGCCAGAUUGAUCAGAUAUUAGUUCAUCAGCAGAUUGAGCUUCUGGAAGUAAUAACUGGCAUUGAAACCUGCAACAAAUACGAACUAAAAAAUGCUUUGGGGCAAAGGAUCUACUUUGCUGCUGAGGAGAAUGAUUGCUGCACACUGAACUGUUGUGGGCCAUCACGGCCUUUUACAAUGAAGAUCAUUGACAACUUGGGUCAACCAGUCAUAGAGCUCAUAAGACCUCUCAGAUGCUCCAGUUGUUGCUGCCCUUGCUGCUUGCAAGAGAUUGAAGUUCACGCGCCCCCAGGUACUCCUGUUGGAUAUAUUAAACAGAACUGGGACCUCUGCCUUCCUAAAUUUUCUAUCCAAAAUGAAGCCCAGCAGGACAUGCUUAAAAUUGUUGGACCCUGUAUACCAUGCAGGUGUUGUGCGGAUGUUAACUUUGAGGUGAUGUCAAACGAUGAAAAAAAUGUGGUUGGAAGGAUUUCAAAGCAGUGGACUGGCUUUGUAAGGGAAGCCUUUACAGAUGCUGACAACUUUGGAAUCCAGUUCCCAAUGGACCUUGAUGUCAAAAUGAAAGCCGUAAUGAUUGGCGCUUGCUUCCUCAUAGAUUUCAUGUUUUUUGAACACACGGGGCAAGAUCGGCAUUGAGCUAGGGUCUGGUAACAUCAGACAUUUAUGUUUUGAAUACUUCAGAGGAAAUGCUGUUCUUGCUUGGUUAAAAUGUAGUGCCAGGCCUGCUUAUAAGAGAUUUUUGUUACUUAUUUUUGUAAGCUAUCAAGUUCCGUUCUGCCACAAGAUGUUCAUUUGCCAAAGAAGCUCUAGAAUGAAUAAAAGAUUGAAAUCUAUACCCAUUUCUAUAUUUGUAGGAAUGUAUAUUCUGUAUUUCUGUAGAGCUGAUUAAUACAUAUCAAAUGAUCCUUUCUCACUUGGCUGCAGCAUUCACAGAGGGGUCCCUGUGAUGGGCAUAAGCAGUGCUGUGGUAUGUUGUGAGGGCUGGGGGGUCUGUGAGUCCUCUGACUCUUGAGGCAAGGAUCACACCCAUGCCUUGUAUGCAGAGAUAAUGGGAUGCAAAUUUCAAGAUACUAUUUCUGAUGUUAGGCAUUUUAUUUGAAACAAAUUUCCUAUUGAGGGGGCUCUGCUCUGGGUGCCGACAAUGAGGGAGGCUCGGUUGUCAUGCAUGCAGGACAGGGCCUUUUCUGUUGCUGCCCCCAGACUCUGGAAUGCUCUCCCGGUGGUUACUCGCUCCUCGGUCUCCAUCACAAUUUUUAGAAAGCAUGUUAAAUCUUGGCUUUUUGACCAGGCUUUUAUAUGAUUGUCUUUGCUGCUGCUCUUUGUACUAUGUAUUUUGUAUUGUUUUUAUACUUGUGUUUUAAAUUCUUUAAUCAGAUUUGUCCUAUAUUUUUAGCUUAAUAUUUUAACUUUGUCAUUUUUAUAAUCUUGUUUUUAAAUUUUGCUGUGAACUGCCUUGGAAUUGUUUAAUGAAAGGCGGUAUAUAAAUUUAAUAAUACAUAAAUAAAAUAAAAUAAAAAUAAUUAUAUCUAAUAUCUACAGGGAUUUCUAAAUCUCUAGGUAGUUCAUACAAACAUAAAAGAAAAUACCUUUAAAAAUUUGCAAAAAUGUGUAUGGCAGCACUGAAGAAUGAUUUCUAUAUCAUUUGGGCAUAAAGGACAUGAAUUCUAGAAAAAUGCAGAGGAACAGAAGGAGCUGCUCUUCUCAGGCUGGCACCUGACAUGAGCCAACUUCAGUCUACCUGUGCCUUGUUCAGCCUUCUGCCCCUGCAAGGACGAACCUGGGCAACAUCAACUGCCAAGCUCUUAGCCUGUUCUCACAGUCAUAGAUUCCUUGGAAGGAGAGGGUUAACCCAGGAAUCUCUGAUCGUCUGGAGCACUGACAGUCCUCCCAACCCAGCAGUUCUCAACUUGGGUAGCCUAGAUCUUGCUGCCCAGGUAAAAGUGAGGUAGGAAAAAAAUAGGUCCAUCCUACAUUUUUGUUUGGGUCAUCGAUGCUAUUGCACAUUUAAAACUGUUCCUGAGCAGUCAUUGGCCAUGUUUAUCAUAGAGUCAUGUAGCAAGCAGGAUCAGGAAGCAGAGGGCUGUUGUUGUACUGAGGGCUUUCUCUCUGCUGCUCACGCAGUGUGUUGUGGGAUAAUGGAGGACCCAGCUCAGGUUUUUCCCCCUUCUCGAGUGCACAGCAACCUGAUCAUGUGGAGGUUGGGUAAGUAAACUCAACGGGGGUGGGGGUCAUCUGGGAGUCCACCCAGUAUCAUGUGAUAGAGUCCCCGGUGUGCUGAAGGGAAGUGCCUCUGUGCGCAGCCUUAGCCUGGGUCACCCAAUUCCAUUGAUUUUGCUUUCAGAUAGAAACUCUGCGAUGGGUCGUCCCUGCACCUUUGGCCUUCUGUGUUUGCCUUCCUUAUUGUUACCUAUUGUUCUUGCUUUCCUGAAGUAAAACUUCCCUCUGCCCAAAAUACUUCCCGUGCUAUCUAAUAUACUUUUCCUUCUUUAAAAAAUUGUUAAAACUUUUUUCUUUGCUUUUCUCUUUGUUAAGAAUUCUAUGCUUCACUUUAUACAAAUUUUUAAACUCUUUGAUUUGUUUUUAUUUUAUAAGGCUGUUGUUAUUGUAUUUUGUGAAAUUUUAACUGUUUUUACUCUGUUUUAUAUUGUGUGUUAAAUGUUGUACAUCACCUAGAGAUGUACAUAUAAAAUCACCUAGAGAUGUACAUAUAAAAAUACGAUUGAUAAAUAAAUAAAUUCAGGGAUUUACUUGCUAAGUCUCCAUUGGGAAACAUCUACCAGCCUCUACCACUACAUAAAAUACAUGCACCUUUUAGAAAUCUCCCUUUCUUUUCUCCUUAGCCCAUUACUUCUUGUCGUCUUAUCAUUUAACUAAAAUAAUUGCUGGUGUCCCAUGCUCUUCUAGCAAUCAAAAUCACAGUCAUUGCAGUAGGAGAAAACGCUAUCUAGCAAAAAUGGAAGCCAUACCUGCCAACUCUAUUGCAGUCCAUCCGUAUCAUGUUUGCUCUUAGAGGACUACCCUAUUGCUCUUACAUGGAAGGCACCAAUCAACAUGUAGCGAUGAGAAGAACACCAAGAUCACGUCACUUAUUGCCUUUCCUUACCUUCUUUAGCCUCCAGUCUACAAGCCUGACAGCUAUCUCUAUAUAUCAUUCUUGUAAACGUACCCGUUGCUAAUCCCAUGUGUGGCAGCUCUGGCAGGAGUUAGCAAUGGGGACAGAUGGUCCAGAUGGCUGAGGAGAAGCUGAAUUGGUGGGGGGGGGGGAGGAAGGAGAUUUUGUCACCUCUGCUGCCAUCCCAAAGGGCACGGGGUGGCUGGGGCGGGGGGAGGUGACGCAAUGACCCGGAUGUGCUGGGGGGUUGAGAGACAGGGAGAAAGCGCACAGAAGUUAUGCGCUGUGCCAGCUAGUAUACAGUAUAUCUCAUAUUCCAGGGAUCCUCUACAGAGAAUCCAUACCCAAGAUGAGUGUCCAAGACCCACUGGGGUAGUAGUGACACCCAUUAAAAAAACAUUCCAUGACAAAAAUUGAUUUUUGGUGCAAUCAAGCCACCGUAAUCAUUUGCGCGCGCACACACACACACAAAACAGGUAGAAAUCCUAAAAAUAAGUGACCAAGCUGAUGCGCAUAGUUAGGGUGACAUUGUGCAAUGUUUUUGGGGCUGCUGCAGAUUUGUAAGGUGAUGAUGAUGGCCUGUUUUUGAAGGAUGACGCAUUGCGACCACACAGAAACCAGGGAACAUGGCAUUUGUGGUUGUUUCAAGCAUCCAUACUACGUAGAGAUAAUGUGGAUUGUAUUGUUGUUCUUUGUCAUUGUUGAUUUGUCUGAAGAGAAAAAAAAAGAAAAGAUAUGUUUUUGUAUAUGUGUAUGAACAAAUCAAUAAAAGAUUACUUUAAAGGUU